AUGGCAAACCGUUUAGACACGGAAUUGUUGGGGCUGAACAUGGCUUCUAGUCUCCAGAUUCAGCGAGUGAAUGAGGAGUUAAACUGUCCCAAUUGUCAGAAUUUCUUCACUGAUCCUGUCACCCUGGAUUGUGGCCACAACUUCUGUCGCUCAUGUAUAUCCCGGAGCUGGGAAAAGCAGGAGACAAACCGCUGUGCUGUUUGUCAUGAGACUUUUCCAGAAAAGAACCUCAGGGUUAAUCAGGACAUGGCGAGUCUAGCAGAGAAAGCUCGGAAAUUCAGCCUGAACCCGAUGGCAAUUAAACUUCACUGUGAGAAACAUCAGGAGGAACUGAAGCUGUUCUGUGAAUCUGACAAGAAAUUGUUGUGUUUAGUUUGCAGAGAUGCGAGAGAGCACAGAGAUCACAGCUUCCUGCCCAUUGAAGAAGCUGUUGAAAUCUACAAGGAAGAAAUGAAAUCCUCCUUGGAUUCUCUCGCACAGUGGAAGGAAACUGCUCUACAAGCUGAAGCCAAACAGAAACAAACUAUUUCACAACUUAAGGAACAGGCGAGUAGUCUGCAGAUCCAAGUCAAUGACGAUUUUGAUAAAAUACACCAGAGCCUGACUGAGAGACAACAGCGGUUAAUGAGCGAUCUGAGACAGCGACAGGAGGAGAUUUUGAAACGAAUGGAGACAAAUCUGCGAGAGAUUCGGAGCUAUUUAGAUUCAGUUCAUCAAGAAACCUCAGAGUUACAGACAAAAAUGGAAAAAGACGGGCUCAUCUUUCUGCAGCAGGAAGCUGCUCGGAAGAGAAGUCUGGAGAACAAUGAUCUGGGAGAUGGUGGACCAAAGCAUCUGUAUGAGGCUCUGAGGAGCCCGGCGUCUAAAAUACGGAUUCUGGAGCUGGGAGACAAUAAUUUGGGAGAUUGUGGAGCGAAGCGACUGUGUGAGGCUCUUAGGAACCUGGAAGAUAAAACACAGUGUCUGGGGCUGGGGGGUAACAACCUGACAAGUGAAUCUACCGAAGAUCUGGUAUCUGAUCUCAGUAUAAACCACUCACUGACGGAGCUAGACAUGAGUAAUAAUCAAUUGAGAGAUUAUGGAGUGAAGCGACUGAGUGAGGCUCUGAGGAACCCGGAGUGUAAAAUACAACGUCUGAGAUAUUAUUAUGAACAGGAUCGCCGGCGUCCAGAGUUUGGGAUCUAA